AUGUUGGUCGCCAGAGAUUUGGAAGUGUUAGAUGGUGUGCACUGCAUUGCCGAUAUGGACACUGAGUAUUACACGAUGCUUAUGAAUAUGUCCCAGGCAGCUAUUCCUUGGGCACAUUUGGCAGUGUAUGGCAAGUACGUCACGUAUCUGCUCGUUGGAAUCGUGUUUGCCGGUACCAUAAAACACUAUGUCUUUUCUAACUACGACGUGGAUCGUGUGAGAGGUGGACCCGCACGGAUCAUGGAAAAACUGACUGCCUACAGUCGAUUUAUUGUUUAUCGUCGGUUACCCUCCGAGAUCUGCCACCUUCUCGGUCUGCCGUCCUCUGUGGGCAGUCUUUUGCUGAUAGGACUUGUCGCCCUCUACAGCUUGCUCUGGUGCUUUGUUCCGCACCCUUACUAUCGCGCCUGUAUGGGAUUCGGCUCGCCGCCGCUGGCUAUUCGAUCUGGUAUGAUGUCGACGGCUUUUGUCCCGUUCAUAUUUAUAAUGUCAGGAAAAACCAACAUCAUUGGCUUCUUGACAGGCAUUUCGCACGAAAAGCUCAACAAAUACCAUCAGACAGCGUCCAUUUUGUGCUUGUUCUUUGGAUGGGUCCACGCCAUUCCUUUCUACAUACAAAACUCUAAGGAAGGCGGAACGGCCAGAGUACGUCAGGAAAUGGAUAGGGCACCAAUCUAUACUUCAGGAAUCCCCCCGAUCAUCUUUUUGACACUGCUUUGGGUGGGUUCGCUCCAAAUCGUGCGGCGGUUCUGGUAUGAGGCAUUCGUGUCGCUGCACUGGGUGCUCGCGGUUGGCUUCUACAUCAGCUUGUUCUACCACGUUUAUGGCUUGCUCAACGCCGACAAGUACAUGAUGGCUACCAUUGUGAUUUGGUGCGCCCAGUUAUUAUACAGAUGGUUUGUCAAGGGCUAUUUGAGACCCUCCAGACUCAUGAGAACUGCCGCUGCCAGGGCUCGCAGAAUCGGUACAACCGACCAGAAAUGUAUGGAGGUUCUUGUUGAGACCCCUAUGAAGUGUGAUCCAGGUCAGCAUAUUUUCCUGAGAACGCUUGAUAAGAAAGUUGCAGAACUGCAUCCAUUCUCGGUAAUUCCUUCGUCCAGCGGCUUCAAAAUGAUUAUCCGCGCCUACGACGGGUUCACAAAACACCUUUACGACUCUUUAGAAUCGCCACGUGAUCUCAAUGUGCUGGUGGACGGACCUUACGGCGGUGUUGCGCGAGACGUGCGCAGCUUCUCGAAUAUAUAUCUGCUGUGUUCCGGAUCCGGUAUCGCGUCCUGUCUACCUUUUAUCAUGGCCUAUGCAAAGCUGAUCGGCAUGCCUGCUGUGCCGUUGCGCACAAUCCGGCUGGACUGGACCUUGAGACACGCAGACGACGUGUGCUGGAUUGAACAAGAGCUGGAUUUCAUCAGGGAUUGUUAUGGGCCUCUGCUGAAGAACGGGGCUUUGGAUAUUCACAUCUACUGCUGUUCUGGUGAGACUGAGAAAAUGAACGUAUCCGGUUUCGAAUACCACAGCUACAAGCCUGUGGUGGCCGACAUUGUGAAGUCUUUCCAGCUGGGUAGCACCAACUGUAUUAUCUGUUCUGGUUCGAAGAGUUUAAAGGACCAGGUCGGAAAUGCAGCUGCCAGACUGCAGUCUCAAGUGGGCAAUGUCCGCGAGGUGUAUCUCCACACCGAAGAAUUCAGUUUCUGA